AUGUCCAAGUUGGGCCCAAUUAGUAAUUUUCCCUCCCUGGCGUCAUGUGACUCGUUAGUGUUACAAGGUCUCAGGAGUGUUAUCGCUCUCACACUCUCUCAUACUGGUCACUGGAAGUUCAACAUGGCACCUCAUGGCAAAGAACUCUCUGAGGAUCUGAAAAAAAGAAAUGUUGCUCUACAUAAAAUUGGCCUAGGCAACAACAAGAUUGCCAAGACCCUGAAACUGAGCUGCAGCAUGGUGGGCAAGACCUUACAGCGGUUUCACAUGACAGGUUCCACUCAGAACAGGCCUCGCCAUGGUCGACCAAAGAAGAGUGCACAUGCUCAGCAUCAUAUCCAGAGGUUGUCUUUGAGAAAUUGA